GGCGCGGGCUUUCCCCUCAGGCAGGCGCGGGUGCCCCUGAAGAGACGCUGGAGAUGGCGGAGAGCGAGUCGGGAUCUGUGAGCAGCGAGGAGGAGAACCUGCCCUCCUUCGCCUACCUGCUGCAGCCGUCCCCAUGCCUCGGCGAGCCGAGCCGCCCGCGGUCGCCAUCUCCUGAUCCUGAAGCGGUAGAGGUUGUCAAGAUAGUGAGCAGCGGGAGCGAAGAGGUGGAUGAAGAGGUGACGGACGUCGUCCCUUUGCAUGAGAAGGUCAAGAUGAGAGUGGGAGCGGAGCCUGAGCCUUUCAACCUGGGCGCUGGUGAUAAAGGAGAGGCAUCUGGGCUUUGUGCUAGUGGUGACCUGAUGGCUCCUGGGAGCGAAGGGCUUCGGGAAGAACUGACGCCGUCUGGAAAAAUAGCUUGUGAUAGUGAGAAUGGUAUACGCAGUGUUGAGCGAUCCUUCUUGUGCUCCUUGCCAGUCGACUCUGACAGGCCUAGUAGCCCCCCAGUAAGCAGAGAAAGGCCAGAAACAUCGCUGCCUCUCAAGAAGCGACAAUAUAGCCAGAAGGAAGGGGAGGCAAUCUGCCAGAAUGCGUGUCAGAGAAGGAAGGAGCAAGAAGCUAAGAGGAGGGAGCAGGAGGAGGAGAAAGAGAGGAAGAGAGCCGUUGCCAAGAUGCUGAAAGCUCAGCGGCCAGGAGAGUGCCAGAAAUAUAUAACAGUGGUGCUAGAUCCAGUCAUCUUACAGGUAGAAGGUGGCGAGCAGAUCCUUAGUGCUUUGCAGGCUGCCAAUUAUUCCUGUGUGUUUGAGAACCACGCUGUUCCCUGCAGCAUCACCUGGAGGAGAAAGAUAGUGACAUCACAGAUGGGAGGAGGAGAUGAAUGGACAGAAGAACCAAAUGUUCUGGUUUUGCUUGGCUUGGAGGAGUUUUUGUCCAUGGCUCACAGCUACAAGCAAAAUGCUGAUGGCUGUGCAGAAAAGCAGAAGGAGACCCUGCAGAGCUAUGUAUCUCAUAUGAUGGAGAAAAUGCCUGGGAGAAUUCUGGCUCUGGCAGUAGUUGGAGUAGAAAAUUAUUUCAGGUCUCUCCAAGUUCAGCCAAAACAAAGGCUGCGACAGACAGCAGCAAGUGGGAAUCAAGAGAAACGGGGAAAAAGGAGUAAAAAAGAGGUUAAGGAUUCUGGCCUGGACUUAUCCAGAAUGGAUGUAAAAGAAGCCCUGGUGGAUCUGCAGCUGAGCACACAAGUCCAAAUCAGCAUUUUUGAGAGCAGUGAGGAGCUUGGGGAGUAUGCCACUAUGUUCACAAAAGCUGUGGCUGAGGCACCAUACAAGCGAGAGCGAGAGAACACAGGGUUCCCUUUCUACUUGGAGAAGGACUGUUGCAGAGGGGUGAAGGUGGAUUCUUCCGGAAAGGGUCUCUUGAAAGUUUGGAAGAGGCAGAUACAGCAAUUUAACCGUGUCAGCUCUGAGAUGGCUGAGGCUAUCGUGUCUGCCUACCCCUCCCCCCAGCUUCUGAUCCAGGCCUAUGAGAGAUGCUCUUCGGAUCAGGAGCGGGAGAACAUGCUGGCCAAUAUCCCUGUGCACCGUGGGGAGGGGGUGACGGCCACCUCCCGGCGCAUUGGGCCGGAACUAUCCCGACGCGUAUAUCUGCAGAUGACUUCCCAUGAUCCUGACCUCUGUCUGGAUUUUACUGGGUAGCACAGUGAAAAAGAGUUGUACUGUUUGUUCAGUUAAGUGUUCAGUUUUGGAUUUCACUGGGUAGCUCCAGGGAAUAAGGGUUUUUACCAUUUGUCUGGUCAAGUUUUCAGUCUUCUUCUGUGAAGAAGUGCUUAGAUAACACUCAGUGAUCCUUGUUUAAAGACUUGAAGCACAUUUAGACUUUACUGUGGCAGGAAAAAAGUUGGAUAAAGUUGCUGAAUAGCAGGAGUUUACAAAAGAAAGAUGGUGAACAUCUUCCCUAAGCACAUGAGUUGCACACAGCUUAUAUAGUACUGAUAUUGUUUUAUUUGUUUUUCUAUAAAAUAAAUAAUUUUGAAGAAUAA